GCUAACUCCCUACCUGGCCCAGGUGCGUCCCGCUCGGCAUCUCUGCUGCUCUGCACACAGGAUGGAGGGGGACCGGGAGGCGCGGGGGGCGUCGAGGGAAAACCGAGCUGGGGCCGAGUUCGAAAUGGAGUCCUUGGGAAGCCAGGUCCCGGAGCUGGAGCAGCCGCAGGUCCCCGCGGAGAAAAGACGCCUUGAGAGUCCCGAGAACAGCUUGAGUCUGGCCCCCGCCAAAGAGGCGGCGGGCGCGGGCCAGGACCUGUCGGGCGGGAAGAUGCUGCCCUCGCCUCGCCCAGCGCCUCUGCGAUUGCUGCCACCCAGCCUGGGCUAUGGCGCCUUCCGCCGCCAGGCGUCGACGGGCCCGGAGCCGCCGUCUCCGGGCCCCGCCGCGGCCGAGCAGCCCCGGGACGGCGAGGCGCCGGAGGCCGAGCUGAUACCCAAGGCCGCUCCGGGUGAGCCAACUCCGGGCACCUGGACCCCGGUGGAACUUCAGGUGGACGUGCGCGUGAAGUCCGUGGGCUCGGCCGGCGGCAGCCGCGCGCCCUCGCCGGUGCCCUCCACGCGCUUCCUCACGGUCCCGGUGCCCGAGUCCCCGGGCUUCUCCCGCCACACCUCCCCCGCGCACACGCUCCUGCGGCGGACCCCGUCCCCGGGAGGCACGAGGGGCCGCGGCACGCCGCCCGCCGCCUCCGGGACUGAGCGCGGCCUCGACGCCGAGGGCUGCGCCAGUUCCACGGAGGGGGGCGCAGAGUCCCCGGGUUCCCCCACGUGCCGGUGCCGCUGCCGCUGCCGGGAGGACGCCGUGCUCCUGCCCCACGCCGAGCUGUACGGCGACAAGAAGAUGUCCCGGAUCAUAAAGCGCGUAGGGCUGCCCAUGUACAUGAGGUCCCUGCGCUGGGCCCUGGCAGUCAUGGCCGUGCUCCUGGCAGUGUUGGCGGUGGCCGUUGUGGCCCUGGCCUCGAAAACAGGGACCAGAUGCCGACCGUGCCCCCCGGGCUGGAUGUGGUCCGAGGGGCAGUGCUACUACCUCGCAGCCGAAGCCGAGGCCUGGGAGACCAGCCAGGCUUUCUGCUCAGCCCACCACGCUACCCUCCCCCUGCUGAGACACACCCAGGAUUUCCUGAGCAGACACCCGGUCACCAAGUACUCCUGGGUGGGAGCCCGACGAGGCCCCCAGGGCUGGCACUGGAUCGACGGGACCCCCCUGCCACCCCAGCUGCUCCCAGAGGAAGACCAGGACCAGCCGGAUCUCGAGUGCGGGCGCCUGGAGGGAGGCAAGCUGGUGGCUUCGGACUGUGCCUCCCCCAGACCCUGGGUCUGUGCCAAGGGGACCAAGUGAAUUGGGCUUCCGCCUGCCCUGAGUCUGCUGGGGGCAUGCGGCCCCUGGGGAGGCCAGGUUGAGAGCUGGGGCAGCCACCUCCCUGGACCCGGGUGCCCAGGUCUCCCCGCUCGGUGCUCGAUGGUCCUGCCUCAGCGAACCAGGGAGCGGGUCCCAGGACAGGAAGCUGGGGUCUGCGGGAGAGAAGAGCUGCGGCUGCCCCAAGGCUGAGCCCCCCACUGGAUCUCCAGCUGCUGAAGUGCAUUUGCUGUGACCCUGUGUGUUUUUUUUUUUUUUUUUAAAGAAUUCUAAGCCUGUUUCUCCCUUGUUAAACCAGCCAUUCCCCAUUCCCUCACGUAUCUGCUGCCUCACAGGUGCAUGCCCUUUCAGAGAACAGAGGACUCACAGGUGAUCCCAGCCUGGGUUCUCCUCGAGCCCAUGGAGGGAGGCUCCUAUUUCAUGCCUGGGAUUUGGCAGCAAUGACGUCAUUGCUAUAAAGACCCUUUCCAGGCGGUCAGAUGCAUCCACGGAGUGUGGAGGAUGGGGCAGGAGAAGGGGCCGCCCCGGAGGAGAGAGGAAGCAGGUCCGGUCCCUGCCCCGGGAGCCGGGGGAGAGUAAGGUUCUUUGUGCAGACCGUCAUCGGAGGGGUUGCUGGCGGGGUAUCCACCUAGCUGAUGCCAGAGGCUGAGAGGACGUGGCGAGGACAGAGCCAUCCAGGCAGGGGGAAUCAAGGGAGCACCCCCUCUUGGUUGGUGAAGCCGCUGCAAAGCUUGGGUCUGAGAAAAAGGAAUCAGAAAUGUGGGGAGGCGUGAGGUAGCCCUGCCUCUCACAGCUGUGGGGACACAGCCUGGAGAUGCCCCCCAGUUGAGGUUCAGUGAGGGGUCUUCAGGUUGAAGGGCAUGGCAGCAAAGUGGGGGGAAGGGAGAGAGACAGUGUGUGUGUGUGUGCACGAGCAUGCACACAGGCUCACUCAGUUGUGUCUGACUCUCUGCAGCCCCAUGGACUAUAGCCCACCAGGCUCCUCUGUCCACAGGAUUCUCCAGGCAAGAAAACUGGAGUGAGAGGGGCCAUUUCCUCCUCCGGGGGAUCUUCCCAACCCAGGGAUCGAACCCACGUCUCUUGCACCUCCUGCGUUGGUAGGUGGAUUCUAUACCACUAGCACCCCCGGGAGGCCCUUCCGGGCUAGAGAGGCUUCUCCGAAGGAAAGAAACUACCUGCUCUUGCUUAUGGUGCCAAUCAGGCGCAAACCAACCUUCCUCUUUAAAGGCAGACCCGGCGCCCAAACUCCUCAGAGAAAGCUCGAGUUACACUAAGAGCUUGUACAGAGUGUGUGGCUGCCUGGGAGAAAGGGGUGGAGAGCCUUGAGAACACACCCGACGAGCAAUAAAAAUCUUAGAAACACGCUGGUGUUUCUCAUGACUUCCUUCCAACUACAAAUUAGCCCAGAGCUUGAUGAUGUGUCCCGGUUUAACUCUCUUCAGAGCCCUUCUCGGGGAACGUUCUGGUGUUGGCAGGCUGGUUUCACGUCAGUUUCAGGGUCACCACCGGCUUGGGGCCUCUGGGCUCAAUGACACUUAGGCUCACCUGCGGUGCUUCAAGGACCCAGGUGCCCAGGGUGGGUGGUGUGAGGCUGCGGCGUAGAAACCUGAGAGUUUCUCUGCUUCAGUGGGUAAGGAAGGAGAGUAGACGAGUGAAGUUUGAUCUACCAAAGGAGGAAGCUCCUAGUUACUGUCCAAAGUUGGCAAACCAAGGAAUAGCAGUGUACACUUAUUAUUUAGAAUUAUGGAGACAAGUACUAGAAGAAAUGGGCUUCCCUGGUGGCUCAGCUGGUAAAGAAUCUGCCUGCAAUGCGGGAGACCUGGGUUCAAUCCUGGGGUUGGGAAAAUCCCCUGGAGAAGGGAAAGGCUACCUACUCCAGUAUUCUGGCCUGGAGAAUUCCAUGGACUGUAUAGUCCAAUGAGGUCACAGAGUCCGAUACAACUGAGCGACUUUCACUUCACUAGAUUGAAGUGGCAAAAAUCAUUUCAGAUGGCCACCUUAAAACUAUUUGAUGGUGACAGGAGUCAUGAGAGUACUUGUCUUGAGGCAAGGCAGUAUUAAUUUGGCAGAGGUGCCAGUGAGUAUUUGAGGAUGCUGGAAUGGUCUGGAUCUUGAUGUGGGUGAGGUUAGGUGGAUACACGUGUAAAAAUUCAUCAAGCUGUACACUUAAGGUUAAAAAGCUGUUCUAAGGAACAGGAGUGAGAUUACAAGGGGACUGAUGUUUGUUCUUUUUUGUAAAUAUACAUCCUUUAGUCCUAUUAACAUAAAAUCAUAUUAAAAAAAAAAAAUACCAUAUUUGGGACUUCCCUGGAAGUCUAGGAGUUAAGACUCCCAGCUUCCCCUUCGAGGGCUCAAGUUCGAUCUCUGGUUAGAGAACUAAGAUCCCUCUUGCUGUACCAUGCAGCCAAGAAAUAAAAAAAAUUAACUAAAAAUCCUGUAUUUGGGUACUACUUCGAUAAAAAGAGAAAUUGAAAUGUUUAAAAGGUCCAAAAGAUUCUGAUGUGCAGCCUGGCUUUAGAACUACUAGUUUUAGAAAGGGUUCCUGUGACUGUAAUGCCUGUUCUUACAACCUGUAAUUAUUUCUUACAUCAAGAUGUGUUUUCACAAGUUUCAGCCUCACCUCACCUUCAGAGCAUGUAUUUCCCUUUCUACUAAAUGGAGGCUGGGAAAGUUACACAGCAGGUUGGUCUGCAUGGAAUUCCUCUUGAGUAAUUUUUCUAGGCUCUUUUCCCACCGGGCUCUGCCAACUGCUGCUGUUUGAAAUCCACACUACUAAUGCUGCUACCAGCACCUACUUGUUUCUUGGAGCUUUGGAGAACAGCCUCUGAUACAGGCUGGCCCAGCAGGUCACAGCAGCUUCUGAGCUGUGGACACCUCGCUUGUGGACGUCACCUGUGUGCAGCACACACAACUCAUCCUGAGAUGGGCAGUGGGUAGGUACCGACCCCCAAGUCAGGUUUUUACCAGCUUUCCUGGUGAGACACUGUCCAAAAGAGUCUAUAUUGUCACCAGGAAAAGUGUAUUUUGUCAACUUCAUUGAGGUGUAAUUUGCAAAGAAAAUGCCCUCAUCUCAAGAGUACCUUUUGGGACCACCCUGGGUGGUCCAGUGGUUAAGAAGCCACUGCAGGGAGCAUGGGCUUGAUCCCCGGUCAAGGAACUAAGAUCCCGCAGGCCUCACAGUGCAGCCAAAAAUAAAAAAUCAAGAGGGUACCUUCUGAAGACAGUAGGCACUGCCAGUAAAGACAUGGAGUAUUUCCAACAUUCCAGGAAGUUCCCUCCUGUCUGUCUGUGGUCUGUGCUCUCUCUUUCCUGACCUCCAGCCCCAGGUGAAUUGAAGUUUAGCUUGUUUUGGGAUUUCACAUAACAGAACUGGACAUUAUGUACUCUUUGUGUCUGCUUCUUUAGCAAUAGCACAAGGUUUUAAAGACAUGUUCAGGUUGCCACAUUUACUGAUAGUAGUUCCUUUCUGUGUAGGGAUAAGUCACAAUCUGUUUAUCAUCUCUCUAGUUGGUUAUCUCCAGGUUACGGCCAUUAUGAAUACAAUGCUAUGAACAUUCAAAUGUAAGUCUGCGUGUGGAAGCAGGCUGUCAGUUGUCUUGAGUAUCUAGGAACAGGGUUACUGGCUUGUAUGGUAUGGGUGUGUGUUCAGGCAAAGCAAUCACUGGGGAUACUGGGCUUCUCCCUAUAAGCUCCAACCCCCUACGGCCACCGUGGGGCAGCCAUGUGGUUUGGCAGUGACCCCAGUUUGAGGUGAGGGUGAGCAGUGAUAACCUGGGAGGUACCUGAUACAUCUAAGCCUAUCGUACGCCGUGCAGUCCCAGCCCCCUGGCCAAUGUUUGGUUCAGGAGCCCAGACCUAAGGCAAUUAGGAGUGUCACUAACUCUGUCCACUUUGCUUGGUUUCCAAGUGGGAACUUGACUCAACUGGGCCACAGACCUAAGCAAAGAUGGCCUUGCUCUUUACAGACACAGGACGUAGUGGUUUUGAAACCAUACGUGAUGACUGAUCAAAUCCAUUUCACCUGUCUCCACUAAAAAGGUUGUUUUAACACCUGGGUAUCCUCCCAAGCAGCAGGUAGCCUGAACAGUGUCUGCCUGGGUUAUUUUCUAGGACCCUGAAGCCUCAGCUAAGCCAGUUAAGGCUGGAUGGAACCACCCACCCUCCACCUCCUCCAGUGUGAGUGGGUGCCCGCUCUCACGACCUCCUCGUAGCUUAGUUACACCUGCUCAGGAUUCCUGCACCUCUUUCCAGUCUCCUCUCCCCAUCCCUCAGCAGCUCUGCAUCUGUCAUCCUGUACAUACUCUGAGCCCCUCCCUUUCUGGAAGGCAGAUUCGAGAUCUGAGAUCUGUUUUCCCAUCUCCUCUCUUGGCUGGAAUAAACCCACUCUUUGUCCCCAAACCCGGCAUCUCAGCGUUUGGCGCUCCGUGCGAUGCGGCAGGACAGAACUGACUGGGUAACACGUUUGCGGAGCCAGGUGGGGCGGGGGGGAGCAGGUGGACCUUAUGCUUGUUGGCCCUUGGCUGGUACUGAGAGCCCGCGGACAGGUCCAAGCAGCUGCCUGGUCCGUUUGUUCCAGGACCUCCCCCAAAUCUCCCUGCCAGGUGCCACCGACAUUUCAUUUCUCAGCAGCUGGUUUGGAAGAUGUCUUGUGGGUGAGUAACUGCGUUAAAGAAAUCUAGCAGUGCUUAAACCGUUUGAUAAUCCUGACCAGGUCAUAGGCUGGGGGGCCCGUCUAACUGGAGGGAUUCUGGCAGACAAUACAAAAGGUCACAGCUGCUGAGGUGCCCUGUACCUGGGUUGGAGGCCAGGGGUUUUUGGUUGCUGAUAUUGUUUGUUUGGGUCUUACUUGUCUCUGUCCAUCUUCAUCUGAUUGUUUCAGUUGUUCAGAAUCACCUGUUGCGGGGACUUCCCUGAUGGUUCAGUGGUAAAGAAUCCGCCUGCCAAUGCAGGGGACAGGGGUUCAAGCCCUGGCCUGGGAGGAUCCCACAUGCCAUGGGGCAACUAAGCCCGAGCACCCCAGAGCCUGCACUCCACAACUGGAGAAGUCACCGCAAUGAGAAGCCCGUGCACCACAACAUACAGUAGCUCCUGCUCUCUGCAACUAGAGAAAGCCCAUGCAUGCAUCAAUGAAGACCCAGCCCAGCCAAAAAUAAGUAAAUAAUUAAAUAAAAGAAUUGAUACUUGGGGACUGAGCUUGGUAAUGGCAGCAAGGACCCUUAGAAAAACUUCAUUAUUGGGACCAUAUGGAAGCAAAGCCCCUUCAAAACGGGAAGUACUGUUCCCCCUGGCAGCCCUCUAGGCUGCAUUUUCCAAAAUUGGGAGACUUUCAGUUAUGAAUCCAUGGAAAAGAAAGUGAUGGUACUUUUUGGUAACACAGUAUGACCACAACAUCCUGUAGACUCCCGAGCAAAAUGGCCUGUAAAUGGAUCCUGCAUUUACCAUGUCCCUCUGCAACUGGAUUUACUUUGUAAAUAGGAAGAAAAAUGGGAUGAAGUACCAUAGGUACAGUGAUUGUAUCAGAAUAAACCUGUGCAAAGAUGUCAGGCUAUGGUCCAACAGGAAGGAAGGCAGAGAAACCUGUUUUGCCUAGUCCUAAUGAAAAGGGGGAUUUGCUGUCAACCCUAUGCGAGGCAGCUGCUUCUCUUUUCACUGUCUGAGCGCAGCCUCAGGC